UUAACACAGAGGUACAGAAUCAGUUAAGGAUUAGAGAAGCAUGUAAAAGCUUUGGUUCUAGUUGUGAGGCUAAUAGCAACAUUAUAAUUUCCACCAAUUCUCUUUCUAUUUUUGUUGCUUUCUAUUUUCUAUUGCUCUGUGUUUCUAUAGAUAUAUGGGUUUGCAUUGCUCUGUAUUCAUGAUACUAAAAACAUAGAUGACAAUGACAAUGGCGAAACCUUGUUUGGGUUAUCUUUCUUUUGCCGUUCUUCUUCUAGCUGUCCUCACUUUGUCGGUGGCAGAAGCCGCAGAUUCUGCAAUCCACGACACUUUCCUUAAAUGCUUCGCAGAGAACACAAAAAUCGCUUCAGCGGAACUCACGAAGAUAGUCUUCGCCCAAAACAACCCCUCCUUCGCCACCGUCCUCUAUAACUUAGCCAGGAACAAGCGUUACAGGACCCCACUGACGUCGAAGCCGGUACUCAUAGUCACUCCUCUCAAAGAAUCGCACAUUCAGGGCGCUGUACUCUGCGCCAAAACCGCCAAUGUUCAUAUCAGAACGCGAAGCGGUGGCCAUGAUUACGAGGGUGUCUCCUAUGCCUCCAAGGAAUCCUUUAUCCUCCUCGACAUGUUCAACCUUAGAGAAGUCACCGUGGACGUAAAAAAUGAGGUUGCAGUGGUCCAAGCCGGUGCCACGUUGGGAGAGGUUUAUUACAGGAUCUGGGAGAAGAGUAAAGUUCAUGGCUUCCCCGCGGGGGUGUGUCCCACAGUUGGUGCCGGCGGACAUAUAAGCGGAGCAGGAUACGGUAGCAUGGUGAGAAAAUACGGUUUAACCAUUGACAAUUUGGUUGACGCGAAAAUUGUUGAUGCGAAAGGAAAUCUUCUGGAUAAAAAAGGCAUGGGGGAGGAUCUCUUCUGGGCAAUCAGAGGAGGUGGAGGAGGGAGUUUUGGUGUGAUAGUGUCGUUUACGAUAAAGCUAGUUCCCGUGCCUGAAAAGGUUACCGUUUUCCGCGUUGAGAAGACUCUGGAAACGAAAGUGAGUGCCGCUGACCUUCUGGUGCAGUGGCAGAAGGUGGCGCCGACCACUGACAACAGGCUUUUCAUGAGGGUGUUAUUGCAGCUAGCGAAUUCAGAGGUUCAGAAGGGAAAGCUGACUGGCCAAGCCUCGAUCGUGGCCUUGUUUCUGGGAGGGGCUGAUGAGGUUGUGUCUCUUAUGGGGAAGGAAUUUCCGCUUCUUGGAUUGACGAAGGAGAAUUGCAGUGAGGUGAGUUGGAUUCAGUCUGUUCUGUGGUGGAACAAUGGUAAGAGUUUGGAAAACGGUGACAAACCUGAGAUCCUACUGAAUCGGAAUCUGAACGCUUCGAGUUUUAUGAAAAGAAAAUCCGAUUAUGUGGAGAAAGCAAUUUCAAAAGAAGGGUUGGAGACGAUAUUCAAGACGAUGAUUGAGUUGAAGAGCAUAGGGCUUGUUUUCAACCCUUAUGGAGGGAAAAUGGAUGAGAUUUCUCCUGAUGCAACGCCUUUUCCUCGGCGUAAGGGGACCCUCUUCAAGAUUCAGUAUUCUGUGAGCUGGGACGAUCCUUCGCCUACUGCGGCUCAGGAAUUCACUGGUGCUGCUAAGCAGCUGCACAGUGUGAUGACCCCUUAUGUGUCUAGUAAUCCCAGAGGUGCUUAUUUGAAUUAUAGAGACUUUGAUAUCGGGAUCAACAACUUUGGUCAGAAUAGCUUUGAAGAAGGGAAGUCUUAUGGGACCAAGUUCUUCGGCAAGAACUUUGAUAGGCUGGUGAAUAUCAAGACCAAGGUUGAUCCUGAUAACUUUUUCAGGAAUGAGCAGAGUAUUCCAGUACGUCCCUCCGGAGAAUAAGGGAAUCAUAGUCUCAUUGUUAGAUUCUAGUGUCCCACCGCUCUUCUUCCUAUAAUCUUUCAACUUUCUUAGAUUUUAACCACAAUUUUUACAAUCUUUUUUUCCUUACACUAUCUUUUGUUCAAUAUCUAAUAAA